AUGAGUUUAGGAAAGCUUUUCCACUACAGUGUGGAUCUAGUACUCAUUUCUAUCAUUUUGGCAGGGAUCCAUCGCAACACUGGUCUACAAUUUGAUGUGCUGCAUUUCAGCUCCGUAGACUUUCGUCGUUGGUUUGGCAACUACCUCGGCUUUGGAGAAGCCUGUUAUGACAAAAUUGUAUCAUUGUUGAGGAUGUCGGGAUACUUUAAACAACGUAAUUUGAUUUUGGACAAUUUAAAGAAUGCCGGUGCUCAAUAUUUAAAGGAACAAACUGGUCGUGACCUUAGAGAUUACAAGACCACAAAGGAUUUGGAUUAG